AGCAGACAGCCUACACAGCUGCAUGGGCAAGCAUCUCCAGGCAGCAACAGAUAACUGUUCUCAACUGUAUCCAGCCCAUCCCAAACAAAUCCUGUUUUUUGAACAUCCAAUGUGAGGUUCCCCCCCCCCCGCAACCCCAGAUAUAAAGCACCAUGUCUGAGAAGUUCCACUGCCACUACUGCAAGGAUCCCUUGCCAGGGAAGAAGUAUGUCGAGAAGGAUGGCUACAACUGCUGCAUGGCAUGCUUUGACAAGUACUGUGCCAAUACCUGUGAGCAAUGCCACAAACCCAUAGGUGCAGAUUCAAAGGAGGUGCAUUAUAAGAACCGAUACUGGCACAGUACCUGCUUCAUUUGUAUCAAGUGCCAUAAGCCCUUGGCCAAUGAGACCUUUGUGUCCUGGGAAAACAAGAUCCUGUGCAACAAUUGUGCCACUCAGGAGGCCUCCCCCAAAUGCAAAGGGUGCCUCAAGAAUAUUGUGGCAGGAGAUGAGAAUGUGGAGUACAAGGGUAACGUCUGGCAUAAAAACUGCUUCAUCUGCAGCAACUGCAAGAAAGUCAUUGGAACCCAAAGUUUUUUCCCUAGAGAUGAGGAAUUCUACUGUGUGGCUUGCCAUGAGACCAAGUUUGCCAAGCGUUGUGUGAAAUGCAACAAUCCCAUCACAUCUGGAGGGAUCAGUUACCAGGAUCAGCCCUGGCAUGUUGAGUGCUUUGUAUGUUCCUCCUGCUCCAAGGUGCUGGGUGGGCAGCGUUUCACUGCUGUGGAUGACAAGUAUUACUGCGUAGAUUGCUACAAGAACUUUGUGGCCAAGAAGUGUGCUGGGUGCAAGAACCCCAUCACUGGGUUUGGAAAAGGCUCCAAUGUGGUAACCUAUGAGGAUAAUUCCUGGCAUGACUACUGCUUCAACUGCAAAAGUUGUUCUGUGAAUCUGGCCAGCAAGCGUUUUGUGUUUCAUGAUGAGCAGGUGUAUUGUCCUGACUGUGCCAAAAAGCAAUAACAAGGGCUCCUAUCCUGAAAAAUGGCAUUUGAAACAUGAUGUGUGUUCUUAUUCACUCUGCCCUUGGCCAACCAUAGGGAAAGAAUGGGGUUUCACCUCUAUAAAGUUCCUCCUGUCUUUUCUUAAAUUUCACAGUAGUAUUCGGCUACAGGCACAUAGUAAUCAUAUUAGGAUUUAACAUAGAACAGCCUUGCAUCAAAAAUAAUUUCUGUUUCUGCAAUGGAAAAACAAAAAACUUAGACUCUUCUGCAUGUUCCUUAGAAAAGUGCUAACCAUGUAGGCACAUGAUUUAAGCAAGAAACAUGGGUGAUAAAGCCUCCACUAAGAUGUUCCAGGCUCAGCUGGGUUCUGCUGUGUCACAACAACACGCAAGAAUGGUAGCAAUUGUUCCAACUCACUGUUUUACCCUCUUCUGUGAACAU